AAUGAAAGCUCCAUUCCGUGAUGGUCUUCCAUUCUUUUAUAAAUUGCCUGUUUUUGUUGUUGAAAAUGUGAUACCUCUUGUUCCCUCUAGCACUGAAGAACGCGCCCCAAAAAGACGAGUAAUUUGGGGAAUUACAGCAAUUACUUUAAAUGAGGCUUUAAAUUGUAUUUUCCCUCAAUAA